CUCUAAUAUUUAUGUGCACGAGGAGAGAGAGGCAGGAGAGGAGCAAACAGACAACACAGCUGCUGUCUGCAGGCAGGAUAAGAAGUGGUGCUGCUUCCAACAAUACAUGAUCUACUACUGUAUGUGCACCUUUCCUCAGAACCUUUGCACAAAGUAAGUGAUCUGCAAUUGUUUGGCUUCUCCAGGUGUAAAUGUUUUGAGAGACUGAAGGUGUUGGUGCAGAUUAUAGGGAUAAUGAACAGCAUGUCAAUAGCUAAUCUAUGCGUCCAGAGGAAGUGGACUGAAUGGAAGAGAGAGAUGGAGGAGAAAAGGAGGAAAAAACUGUGGGAGAGGAUUAGACGCUGGGUUAAAGUGGAGGUGAGUGAUGAGGAAGAAGAGGAUAGUGUGGACGAGGAAGGUGAAGAUGCAGACAGCAGUGAAGAGGAUAGAAGUGAGGAAGACAAUGAGUCAGUGGUAAAAGGACAAGAGGAGGAAAUGGAGGUAGAGGAACUUGAAGAAGUGGUGGUAGAAGGAGAAAGUCAGGAGAAAAGGCUUGAAGAGAGUAAGGAGGGAGAUGAAGAGGAAGACAAGGAGAUGAGUGAAGUGAAUGGAAGGGCAGAUGUGGAGGAAGAGGAGGUUGAGAAGAAGGUUAGGAAGAAUGAGGAAAAAGAGGUGAAGAAAGAAGGGGACAAUAGGGCAUGUGAAGAGGAAAGGGAAGAUGGGGCGGAGAGUUGGGUUGAGGAGAAGGAAGAAAUGGUAGAGGAGGAAGAAUGGGAGGUGAAGGAAGCAGAAGUAUUCGAAGAAGAGGUGGUAAAAGGAGAAAGUGAUCUAGAUAAGGGGCUUGAAGAGAAGAUAAGGGGAGAUGAGAAGGACACAGAGAUGGUUGAAGAAGAUCGAAUGGUAGAUAUGGAGGAAAAGGAAGAAAAUGAGGAGGAGAGGGAGGUUAAGAAGAACAAUCAGGUGUGUGAAGGCGAGGAGACAGAGAUAAAGAAAGCAGGGGAAGUUACGAAAUGGCAGGAACAGCGCGAAGAUGAGGUGAAGAGAUGGGUUAAGGAGGAGGAGGCAGACGAGGAGGAAGAAUGGGAGGCGAUUGAAGCGAACAAAUUUAAAGAGGUCGAAGGAGAAAGUAGCCAGGAGGAGGGGCUUAACGAGAACAAAAAGGGAGACGAGCAGAUGACUGACGCAGAUGAAAGGGUAGAUUUGGAGGAAGAGGAGGAACUGGAUGAAAAUGAGAUAGAGAGGGAGAUUAAGGAGAAUGAGCAGGUAGAUGAGGAGGAAGAGUGGGCGGUGAAGGAAGCAAAGGAAAUGGAGGAAGAAGGAGACAAUGAAGUUAAGAGGGAGUCUGAGGGGAAAGAAGAAGAGCUUCAAGAACAAGAGCAAAGUGGAAGAUACCACCAGGAAGAACAAAUCAGAGAACAAAUACCAAUUGAGAACAUUCAGCAAAACUGGGAUGGUACAGCACGGGAAGCAGACAGAUUCAACGAUUCAGUGGAAUCAAUGAAUGAAAGCUCAGGGAGCGAAUCUCACAACUUAGAGAGACUUGAAGUUGAAGAUAGAUAUGGUGAGAAACAGAAUGAAGAUCCAAAUGACUUAGAGGCUCCUGGUGAAAAGUCACGGAGAAACGAAAAUGGACUCUCUGGAGCUUGGACUACCCAGGAAAGGAAUGAAAAAGAUGAAAGUGAGAAGCUGACAGAUGAAGAAGGAACUGUCACCAAAUCUUGGACAACUCAAGCGGAGUUUCAAAAUUAUUUUGAAAAUCUUCAAGAGGAAGAUUCUACAAAUGAGGAGGAAGCAGCACAUUCGAUGGACGAGGAUGGGGAUGAUAGUGAUGAAGAUGAGGUGAAGAUUUACAGCAAAGAUGAUUACCCAACAGACAUAUUCCUCGCCUUGAACAAGUUCAGAGAUUGCUCCCUUCUUACUGACCUCACUUUGAACACUGACGAUGGGAAAAGCUUCAAUGUCCAUGCUCCCGUCCUGGCCGCUGUCAGCUCCCUUAUCUGGAAAAAAGUAGAAAACAAUAGAGCUAAUGAAAGACGAGACCAUGAUGCAAGUGCAGGAGCCCAGAGGUGGUCAGUAUUUCUUGGUCCAGACGUGGAUCAUGUUGGGAUAGAGGCGAUCGUGGAGUUUGCGUACACUGGACUCAUAUCAAGUCUGAACAAGGACAAUGUUGACCAGAUUAGGGCUGCAGCUCAAGCACUGGGGGUAAUCAGGGUCCUGAAUCUCUGCACCCAGCAAGAGGAGGAGUCCACAAAAACUGGAGGGCAGAAGAAAAAGGAACGGACCUCUGCUGCACAACAAAUAACGAUCAGUCUUAAGUCCGUCAAGCAGCUGUGGAUGGACCAAGUGGGCUGCGAUGUGAUUCUGGAAGCUCUUGGGGCGUCGUUUCAUGUCCACAGAGUUAUCCUCGCUGCAAGCAGUGACUACUUCCGUGGCAUGUUCACGUUGGGAAUGAAGGAGUCCCACCAGCCAUGUGUGACCCUUCCCUUCCUGUUGGCCUCAGAGCUGGAAGUUCUAAUCGGCUGUUCCUACAGCGGUGCUCUCCCCCUCAGCUGGAGGUGCGUCUUCGAACUCACCAGUACUGCUCUCCAGCUCCAGUACCAACCUGCCCUCUCCUUGUGCCUCAGCUUCCUGCAUCAAGAAAUAAAUCCUGACUCCUGUCUGGAUGUGAUUUCUUUUGCUGAGGCCUACGGGAUGACGCAGCUUCUUGAAGUUGCCGAUGAUUUUGUCUUGCGGCAAUUCCAGAAGGUGGCAUGCACCUCAAAGUUCAAGGACCUGCCAGCCAGACAGCUCCUGAAGUACCUGAACAGUUGCUCACUCUGUGUUCCAUCUGAGCUUGUUGUAUUCAAAGCAGUAGUGGCCUGGAUGCAAGCAAAGCCUCGCAUCAGGCUUAGACUUGCUAAAGACCUAAUGAAAACCAUCCACUUUCCCCUGAUGACAUUCAAGGAAUUCAGAGAGGUCCAGUCUCAGAACAUGUGGUCUGAUCGCAGCUUGGCAGAGCUAUAUGAAGCAGUCCUUGAAGAUUUCUGCUCCAAUGAGCCUUCACUGCAGAAUAAGUGCCGUAUCUAUCUGCCAAAAGAGAGCCUGGUCUUGGUUGGAGGUGACCAGAUCACUGAAGACCUGGGAAGCCGCAGCAUCAGCAGAGAGCUCUGGUUUGGGAAUUCCUUGAGAAACUUGACGGGAGUGAAAAAGGCCAUGGAGUGGAGAAAGUUGGGAGAGAUGCCAGAGCCAGCGAGGUUUAGUCAUGAGGUGGCUGUGCUCAAAGGUCAACUGUAUGUGUUUGGAGGCAAGAAAUAUUAUGGCAUUUAUGAUACCCUGAAUUCAGUUUACAGGUAUGAUCCUCUUCAAAACAACUGGGAGGGCCUGGCUAAUAUGCAGGAGAACAGGUGCUCUUUCUCUGUGGUUGUACUGGAUGGAAAGAUACAUGCCAUUGGUGGACACUGUGAACCUGACGACAUAGACAGCGUCGAACGAUACUGCCCCACGACAAACACUUGGAGCUUCACCAGGCCCUUGGAUCUGCCUCUCAGUGGGCAUGUAGCGAAGGUCGCACAAGGGCAGAUCUUCGUCUCAGGAGGGCAAAACAACGACUAUCUGUGUCUCGCGUCCAUGUUUCUGUACCAUCCAGAGACAGGAAGCACCUAUCUGGCAAACAUGUCCAAACCUCGAGCUCAUCACUGUAUGGAGCCCCUGGGUGAACGUCUUUACGUAGCGGGUGGAGUCACCACAGCUGAUAACAUUGCUGUUGUUGACCAGCUAGCUUGUGAAGUGUACAGUCUGGCAGAAGACGUCUGGACUGCUUUCCCAUCUCUGCUGGUGCCUCACAUCGGAGCCGGAAGUGCGGUUUUGGAGGGAAAGUUUUACCUGCUGGGUGGAUACAGCCAGGAGGACUACAGUGACACUAAAAUGGUCCAUCGGUAUGAUACCAUCACAUGUAGAUGGGAGAACAUGGGAAGGAUGCCUGGGCCAAACAAUGACAUACGAGCAUCCGUGCUGUGUUUGCCACAACAUUUCCGAAUGUAACACGACGUGGCAAAUGUCAUUAGUUGUCAAUUCAUAUAAGGUUUUACGGUUUAUUGCAUGCAACGUUCUCACAAUCACUUGAUAUUUUCAUGAAAUGGAGCUUACAGUGUGUGAACUCAGGCACGCCGGUUUACAUUUAUCAAACAUGGUGCAUUUUUGGUGCUAUAACUUCAAGUCUCAACCGUUUUCAGAAGGUGCUGAAAAAAAAGGUUCAUGUCUUAGUCAGGAUUUUGAAAAAUAAAGAAAAAAAGCUCACUUCUAUGACUGCAAUAAAAACUAAGACCACCAGAGGGAGCUGGUUCCUCUUGUUCUCGUAGUUGCUGUACUUUAGCUGGGAGGCUGGUGAACACUUGUCUUGUAUUUAUUAAUCUAAAGAAUGAUCACAGGUUUAUAUUUUUAAUAAAAAUUUACUUAAAAAUGAACAAUAAAAAACAUACAUUGAG